CCGUAUCCGUACCCACCGUAUCCCUACCCACCGUACCCGUAUCCUCCAGCUCCCGCCGCUUCCAGAGUCGCUCCCCCACCGUAUCCAUAUCCUGCUCCCAUGACCGAUGCUCCUCCGCCAUAUCCCUACCCUCCAUAUCCGUACCCUCCAUACCCCUACCCUCCGCCUCCCACAUUCACGACAUCUGCUCCUCACGGUCAUGCUGGAGGUGCUGCCUCCGCUGGCUCGGAGAAUGAAGGCGGGGGUACGACCGCACCAUGUCGUCCAGCCAUUCCCAAAAAGAGGAAUGAGUGGACGCCCGCAGACGAGGAGAAACUGGUUAAUGCUUGGUUGAUGCACUCGGUCGAUUGCGUGGACGGAAACAGCAAGAGCGGCCCAACCUUUUGGGGCCAAAUAAGCGACACCUACAACGCCACCACCGACCCACUCCGACACCCCACCGCCAAGCAACUGAAGGAUCAUUGGUCCAUGUACAAUGCACGGGUCUCCUUGUUCAAUGCAAUAUACAACCAAGAAGUGUCGAAGCGGCAAAGUGGAGCCGACGACGACAUGGUGAUGGACGAAGCCAAAGCAAGGUAUGCACGAAGGGCUGGCCAUGAGUUUAAGCUUUUUCAUUGGUGGGAAGCUGUCCGUCACCAGCCGAAAUGGUCAGUGAAGUAUGGUGGUGGGCCGAAUAUAGACGUGUCGAAGAGAUCACGUCUCGGAGCUUCCGGUGAGUAUAGCUCCGGCUCUCGGGAGACCGACGAGGAGGUGAACCGUCCCCCGGGUCGUGAUAGAUCGAAGGCGGCUGCGCGGAAGGGUAAGGGGAAGGUAGGCUCAAGCAGCCAUACUUCUACUGAUUCCGCAGACAUGGGCGAAAAGUUGGAAGAUCUUUGCAAGAUCACCCACGAGUACGCUCAAGCAAAACUGUGGAAGCAGUGGAACAUACUCAGUUCACGCUCGACGGACGGUAUGACGGAUGCUCAGAAGAAGGUUCAUGACCGAGCGUUAAAACGUCUGCAACAACAGCUUCACCUCGACGACGACGACGAGUAGAUUUAUGUAAUUUUCUUUAUUUUAAAUUGUCGUGUAAUUUUUAUUUCGAAUUUUUAUGUAAUUUCUGAAUUUUUAAAUUUAAUAAAGUGGUUUUGCUGUGUCAAUUUAAAUCAUAGAGCAACGCGUUC